UUUCAAAUAAAAUGCAAUAAAACCUUCGCCUCAGUAAUUGGUUAGGCUUCCAAUUUCUAAAUUAACUUUCUCGAUUGCAGUGUUUUUUCUAUACCUCUUCAAUCAACAUCAACCUCUUAAAGUUUGCUCCCUUUCUACUUUCAUCCAUUACUAAGUAAACUCGUAUUAUGGCCGACGAGGAGGAUCCAUGGGGUUUCGAUGAAGGAGAUAGUGAGCCAGCUCCCGCUGCCCCUGCUGCCGCUGCCGGUGCCGAUGCACCUGCAGCUGCUACUCCAGCCGCAGGUGACGGUGAGACUAGUGCACCAGCUGAGGGUGAAGCCGCAGUAGAAGAAGCUGCCGCAGAGGAAGCGGCACCACCGCCACCACCGCCAGAAGACGAUGGCUACCGAAAGCCAGUACAAUUAUAUCGUCACUGGGUUAGACCACAAUUCUUGCAGUAUAAAUACAUGUACAACUACAGAACAAAUUACUAUGAUGACGUUAUUGAUUACUUGGAUAAGAAACAAGUUGGCGUUCCAAGGGAAAUACCACGCGCACAGACUUGGGCUGAACGUGUCUUAAGAACAAACAACGCUAGUGGACGGGACCUUGAUUCAUACAUAUCUACAAGCAAACGGGACAAGCAUCUCGUUCAAACUCUGGCUGCCUCGAUUCGUACUCAUAAUUAUCACACCAAAGCUUAUAUAAAUCAAAAAUAUGCAAAUGUUCUUUAAAUAAAAACAAUAACUAUCUAUAAAAUAUGAAUAACAACUAAAACAACUAAAAAGUUAGUUAAAAUUUUAGUACAAUUUAAUUUUAAGGUGAUGAUUAUCUAAAAUACGUUACAAUAAAGUGGGAGCUUGUCGCUAUAAUAUUCUUUUGAUA